GACGGCCGAAAUAGCUCACCGUCCACCAUCCACUUUAUCCCCUGUCGACUUCUCAGACUAUUUUCUUUGAUGUCAUCUUCAUCGUGUACUUCUCACAAGUUUCAAAGCCAAGCUGUUUCUACGUUGGAUCAUCCUUAGCAAAGAUGGGAAGCUCACCCAAAUCCGUUAUCGUCGUUGGCGGCUCCCUUGCUGGCUUGAUGCACGCAUUGACCCUUCUAUCCCUGCCUUCACCACCAAAAGUGCGCAUUCUGGAGCGUUCCCCUACCGCUCUGCUACAUGACCAAGGUGCAGGCGUUGUCGCGGGCAGCGAGACCCAGCAAUUUUUCGCCGAGUAUGUCCGACCUGGCCGCGAGGUUGCGGUCAUCAGUCCAAUACGGCACUAUCUGAAUCGCAAAGGCGAGAUCAUGCCCGAGACGGUCAAUCACUGGAGUCAAUGCAUGACUUCAUGGGAUCUACUCUAUCAUCUGCUGAGAUGGCGCGUUGACGGCCAGCAGAGCGAACACGUCAAAGGUCUAGUGGCGGAUGAUCGCCCCCGAGCGCAGUAUGACAAUGGAUGUACCGUUACUGCCAUUGAUAGUGUAGAGGACGGCGUCAAAGUGCAAUGGACGCAUAUGGACCAUGGUGAGCAAUCCGCGACUGCUGACUUAGUCUUAGCGGCAGAUGGCGCCUCUUCCAGUAUCCGACGUCUUCUAGCUCCUACCGUAGAGAGGAAGUACGCAGGCUAUGUCGCAUGGCGAGGCACGGUGCCAGAGACUGAGCUCUCCGGCGCUGCCCGCAAGGUCUUCGUCGAGCGCUUUACUUUCUAUCACGCGCCGGGCAUUCAGAUCCUGGGUUACCUUAUUCCUGGCCCAGGUGGCACCCUCGAUGCAGGUCGUCGCCUCUUCAACUGGGUUUGGUACUGCAAUUAUCCUGAAGGCAGCCCGGAGCUGAACGAGCUGAUGACUGGUACGGAUGAUAGAAGGCAUGCCGUCACUUUGCCGGUUGGCACCAUGAAGGAAGCUGUCUGGGCAAAGCAGAAAGCAUAUGCUACGGAAAGUCUGCCAUCGCAAUUCGCCGAGGCGGUCAACAGGACAAGGCAGCCAUUUGUGCAGGCCAUCACGGACGUAAUCAGUCCGCAGAAUGAGUUUAUGGAUGGGAAGGUGCUACUUGUCGGAGACGCCUUGGCAGGCUUUCGACCGCAUACUGCUGCAUCCACUGGUCAGGCGGCAUUUGACGCGCUGAUGUUGGGCAAGCUAUUGAAGGGUGAGGUGAGCAAAGACGAAUAUAACAGAACUGUUAAGGAUUUUGCGAAGACAGUGCAAGCACACGGUGUUGCACUUGGCGAGAAGAGUCAAUUUGGCAGACAUCCAUUCAAUGGAUAACCAUGGUCUUGACUCGUAACAAUAAAAUGCUCAACUGUCAAUUGGUUACUAGUUAUCGCCUUCGAUCGUGGCGUAUGUGGCCUUCUCUUGGCUGCUCCCCGGCAGCCGCUGACGGAUGGCGUGUGCGAGGCGCUUGCUCCAAACACCAGU